AUCCGUUUCAUCGUCUGUCGUAUUUCUUCCAUCCUCACUCUCACUCUGACUGUCAUUCUUGUUUAUUGAAACCGAAUUGACAUCUUCCACGUCUGUCGCUAUCAUCUUUGUUACAGACACUACUCGAGUCUUUGUAAUCGCAUUCACAGCUAAAGAUAUUAUAUUAUCGUACCUUCAUCACCACCUUCAUCCUCCUGUCUAAAUAUACAUCGUGAAUACGAAAACGUUGAAACUUUCCUUUCGAAUUAGAGUAUCAAAAUGGCCGACACAGAGGAGCCCCAGUUCAACACUCUAGCUGAGCGCAUUGCUGCUCUCAACAAACAAAAGAGUUUCACAGGUGCCCCAAGCCAAAGUCCCGGACCAGUUCGCAAACGACCGCCGCCUCCUCCCCCUCCUGGCCGCCCAGCAAUUGAAUCUAGAAGCCAGACGGUACCAGCUAUUUCGACCACUUCAACACCGUCGCAGAGUAAUCCAGCGAUUCCUCCUCGCCCUACGCGAAAAGCGUCGACACCACAAUUAACAGCGCCGAAUGGUCAACAUGAUGUCCAACAACGAGCCCCGCCUCCGCUCCCAAGUCGGACCCCAACUAUGCAGUCCGCUCCGUCUUUACCACCAAGGCGACCCUCAACGCAGUCUAGUCUAACAGUGCGGCGGAACUCUGGCUCGUCAGAAAGAUCACAGAACUCGGCGAUAUCUUCGUUAUCUACGGGCAGGCCUCCAUCAUCAGUGACGAGUGUCAACUCUGAUGGAGCCGGCUAUAAGUUGCCACCUGCUUAUGAUCCCGCAAGUCUCCCCAAACUUCCUCCAUCAAGAAGAGAAAAAGAAGCGGCCGUCAAGGAGGCAGCGAAACCCAAUCGUGCUCCGCCGUCACCGCAGCCUCCACGGGCUAUUGAGCCUGCGCCUCCAGCUCGACCUAGUCUGCCACCUAGGCUGCCUUCACGCCCAGCAAAACCACAAGCGGAUGCUACACCUGAACCACAAGCGGCGUCGCAACCCAGAAAGUUACCCCCAAGGCCAUUGGUGAACUCAAAAGCGAAGACACCGGUGAUUCUUGGGUUUUCAAACAAGGACAAACCCAAAGACUCCCAGCCAGCACUACCCACACGGCCUCCGAUCCCAGGCCGCUCACAAUCGGGAGAUGAACCACCGCCGGUGCCGCUCUCUUCUCGACCCUCAGUCGCCCAGAUUGAAGCGUUCGAGACGCGGGCUCUUACUCCAUCUGCCCCAGUAUAUGGAUGCCUAAUAUGCCGGGACUGGAGCGAUCCAGAUGCUGUAGCUGCGCAGUAUCCUCGAGAUACUGUGCCGAGGGAUGACCCGGUGGGUUAUCUGGCUCAGGUUCUUUGUGGCCCAUUUCCCUCAUACACGGACAAAGCGCGAGCGAUCUUUACUUGGUUCCAUCACAACAUUAGUUAUGAUACCGCUGCAUUCUUUGGCAAUAAUUGUGUAGUUGUCACCGGUCACGGGAAGGGCUUUGGAUACACUCCGCUCAAGAAGGGCGAGCGCCCACCAAGAGCAGAUCCAACCGGACAUGCUUGGAACGCAGUGCGAAUCGAUGGCGGUGACUGGAAGUUACUGGACGCAUGCUGGGGUGCCGGACAUGUAAAUGGGCAAAAUUACGAGCCCAAAUUCUCUCCUCUACAAUUUACCAACGCCAAUGAGAACUUUGGCCUCAGACAUUUCCCGUCCGAAUCACGAUAUCAAUUCAGGGCGGACGGCCAACCAGUCACGUGGGAAAACUACUACACUGGAGGAAUUGAUGGCGAGCCCCAUGGAAUGUGCUCAACUACAGGUGAAGAGGGCAUCGCCGAGUCCAGUGUAGAGCCGAAGCAGCGGCAUAUACCUAUUGACAGCGGUGAGGUUGUGCGAUUCCAAUACUCAAAGGUUUGCGAACACUGGUCAGAGAAGAUGUGUGGCGGUAAAGAGCGGCUGGUGCUCCUCUGCCUUCCCCGAGGCGAUGGUCAGAAGGAAGAGAUGAUACCCAUGGAAACGAACGGAUACUGGUAUUGGCUUGACGUUAAUGCAAGCGAUCUCGGGCCUCGGGGCAAGUCGGUACGGCUGCUUGUUCUCACAAAGUUCGGAGACCGCGAAGAUGCAAGGGGAGUCACAGGCAAAGAAUUCCUCGCCAAGUUCGGUAGAUGCGCAAUGGGCUGGUCGUACCUUGUUACAUGGGACUUGGUUUGAGGCCUCUUAUCUGAUAGUCACAUACUUGGCGUCUCCUGAUGGUACUAUAUAUCUGCAUGUUGCAGUCUGGAAAGACUUGGCGAAUACACGCCUCAUCAUAAAAUCUCCGUCCCGCACCUCGGUGCAUGAACUAGACACCUGACGACCACUCCCUCAGGAAAAUGAUAUGGACCAUCUUUUAGUGCAGAUGGUGAGUUUAUGCACUGGAAACUCGAUGCUUAACAGGAACAGGGGCGUAUCAUCAGUUCCUGAAUGCUACGUUCCAAGUUGCCUCUUUCGGCAUUUUGAUGAAUGUAAUACGAGAGGGUAGCAGAAAGUCGGUACCCAUGUUCCCAAUGAGAUAUAUGAUGAUGUUUGCUAGGUGGUAUUGUCAUUGACCGGGUUCUAUAAAGCACCAUAGUACUGAGGAUCGACAGGCAGCUCCUCCCGUCGAACUUGACUUCUUACCGCGAGGGGUAUAGUGGAUCUUCAGGGUAGAACCGAACGACGAGAAUUGGUGCCGAGACAUCUUUUAGAUGCAUCUUUUUCUUGGACCUCAUCUUGGCAAUCCCCAUGACGCACACAGGGGCUGUGCACCUGUUGAUGAUAUCAGAAAUGGCAUCGUGUACAGAUUUAAGUUUAUCACAGGUACUUCAGUUUUGCUUAUGGUGCAAUUUGGGGAUGGCCAUUUGUGCAUUAGUAGGUAGGGCACUAUGUACUAUAUAGGAGCUUAAGAGAACUCAUGAGAGCGAAAGGUAAGGUAUCAUGAGUAAUCGGCUUUUACAAGCUAGAAGAGUGACCAAAGACGGAAUACUACCCCAGCAGCCUAUCUAUCCACGAGUAUCAAAUGCGAAAGACUAUAAAACGAGUUA